AUGUAAUAACAUUAUAAUUUGAUUCUCAACGACCGAGGAGCUCUAUGGUUGGGAGAUUAUGAAUCUGCUUUAAAUUAUGUAGAAUGAAUAUUAAUCUUUAAGGAGUUCUUAAAAAGUAAAGGAAUAAGAACAGUUAUAACAGUAGCUGCAGGAUUGAACUUAAAAUAUGAAGGGAUUGUCCAUCAUAAAAUAGAAAUAUUAGAUAUAGAAUCAACCAAUAUAUCUUAAUAUUUUUAAAUAGCUAAUGAUUGGAUAGAGAGAGGAUUUAAUAUAGGAGGUGUAUUAGGUAGUAUGAAUCUAUUAUAAAAAGCUAAGUUCAUUGCAUGGCUGGUAUCUCGCGAUCUGCAGCCAUAGUAAUUGCUUAUUUAAUAGAGAAGAAAAAAAUGACAUAUUAUUAAGCUUUUACUUUUGUUAAGUCUAAACGACCUUAAAUUAAUCCUAACAAGGGUUUUACUAAUUAAUUAAUGUCAUACACAACUAAAAUUGCUCAACCACCAAUACCUAAAUCAUAAAGAGCGAAUCAUUUCCAACAAACUUAGGAUUAGUUUGAAACUAAUUAUUAUGCUCCUGUUAAUCGUAAAAGUUCAGCUGGCCUUAUUUCAUAAAAUACUAAUUUCUAUAAAUCCAUUACUAAGUCAAUGUCUUAAAGUAAAAACAAAAAUAAAUGAAUUUCUAUGAAUAUACAACUAAUACAUAUUUAACCAAC